AUGUGGAAAAACCAUUUUUUCUUUUGCCUUUUACUUCUGGCUGUAACAACAAACCAGAUAGUAUAUGGGCAAAACAGAAAGAAAGGAAAGAAUUCUUAUUCUCUCAUGCAAAGAGAUGAAGGUGAUAUGUGUCUCGUUGACAUAGUCUUUAUCUUGGACAGUUCAGAAAGUGCCAAAAAUCAGUUGUUUGAUUUGCAGAAGGAUUUUGUUCAAAACUUAACCGACAGCAUUUUCCAGAUGAAGCCAGUUAAGUCUCAGAAGUAUAAUGUCAAACUAGCAAGUAUGCAGUUCAGCAGCACAGUCAGCAUUGAUCAUCCCUUUACAGCCUGGAAAAAUGUGAAGAAUUUCAAAGAGCAAAUCAAGUCUCUGGGCUUUAUUGGCCACGGCACCUACUCCUAUUAUGCAAUUUCCAAUGCAACUCAGCUGUUUAAAAGUGAAGGUCGUAAGAGAAGUACGAAAGUGGCUUUUUUGAUGACAGAUGGUGUGGAUCAUCCAAACAGCCCUAAUGUCGAGGGUAUAGCCACAGCAGCUAGGAGUCUUGGAAUACAUUUUUUUACCAUUGGCCUUUCUAAGCAAAAAGUCCAAGAAGAAAAAUUGCGUGUGAUAUCUGGUGAUUCAUCCUCUAAACAUGUCUUAUGCCUGGAUGAUCAGAACCUGAUAGUUGAUGUAGCAUUGGAACUGGAAGCCUUCCUUCAGAAGCAGUGUAUGCGGAAGAACUAUGCAUGUGAAAAGGGAGUAAAAGGAGACAAAGGUGAUUCUGGCAGUGCUGGUAACAGAGGGGAAAAAGGUGAGCCAGGACCAAAAGGAAACAAGGGCGAUGCUCAAAAAGGAGACCAUGGAGAAAAAGGUGAAGAGGGAGCUCCUGGCUACAAGGGAGACAAGGGUUUAGAAGGUCCUUUUGGCCCUAGGGGACCUCGGGGACCUCAGGGUAUCAGUGGACCUCCAGGUGAGCCAGGCCCAAAAGGCAUUCAAGGAAGCAAGGGAGAGCAAGGCCCUUUAGGUCCCUAUGGUCCUCCAGGACUCCCUGGUGUUGGACAGCCAGGACCCAAGGGUGCUCAAGGUCAAGAAGGUAAAAUUGGAUUCCCAGGACCUCCUGGAAUUGGUGAGCCAGGAUUACCUGGACCACGUGGCCCUGAUGGUCUGCCAGGUGAGAAAGGUCUACCAGGAGAGGGCAUUCAAGGCCAAAAGGGUGAAAAAGGCUCUGAAGGUUUAGCUGGUCCUCCUGGACUGCCAAGUCAACAAAUCAAAGGUGACAAGGGUGAACAAGGCCAAGUAGGACCACAGGGCCCAGCAGGACCACCAGGAACAGGCAAUCCAGGAAGCCAAGGUAUACAGGGUCCACAAGGAAAUCCUGGGGCAAAAGGAUCUAAAGGUUUUGGUCUGCCAGGUCCAAAGGGUCAACCAGGUGAACCUGGACAAAAAGGAGAACCAGGACUUCCAGGAACUGGCAUACGAGGACUUAAAGGAGAUACAGGUCUAUCAGGACUCCCAGGAGAGAAAGGGGUGCAGGGAGAUCCUGGGAAGUCAGGGAAAAAGGGGGAAAAGGGAGAUCAAGGUCCGAGAGGCCCAGAAGGACCCCCUGGCAAAGGAGAUGUAGGCCAAAAGGGUGACCCUGGAGAAAAAGGAUCCCAAGGACUGAUUGGUUAUAAAGGAGUACAAGGCCCAGCUGGACCAAAAGGUGAACCGGGAGAGAGAGGACCACCUGGUGUUGCUGGACCAUCUAUUCAGGGACCUGCUGGACCAAAGGGGGAUCCAGGACCCAAGGGGCCACCAGGAGAUGAUGGACUUCCUGGAAAUUCAAUAAUGGGACCAACGGGCAACCGGGGACUACCUGGACUACCUGGACCUCGUGGAGCAAAAGGCGAUGGCCACAAAGGUGAAGCUGGACCUCCAGGACCAGCAGGCCCCCCAGGACCAGCAGGCCCAAGGGGCAUGGGAGAUGCUGGACCAAAGGGGGACCGUGGAAUGAGAGGGUAUCCAGGGCCCCCAGGGCCACGGGGAAGCGGAACGGUUGGUCCCAAGGGUAUUAUGGGACAGAAAGGCUUGCCUGGUCCGCCUGGCCCCCCUGGUGACAGCAUACAAGGAAGCAAGGGAGAAAAAGGAAAUCAAGGUUUCCCUGGACUAAAGGGAUCAAUAGGAAUUGGCCUUCCUGGACCAAAGGGAGACUAUGGAGAUAAAGGUGAUCCAGGGAGCAAAGGUGCCAAAGGAGAGAUUGGAGACUCAGGACCUCCAGGACCAAAGGGAAUUUGGGGAAGAAAAGGUGAACCUGGUCUUUCAAGAGAAGAAGUUAUCAGACUUAUCAAUGAAAUAUGCGGUUGUGGUAUCAGAUGUAGAGUAACACCACUGGAACUAGUAUUUGUCAUUGACAGUUCAGAAAGUGUUGGACCAGAUAACUUCAAUAUUAUCAAAACUUCUAUGAAACAAGUCAUUGACAAGGUAUCGGCCAACCACGCUACAACCCGCAUUGGCAUUAUCAACUUCAGCCAUAAAGUGGAGUUGGUGUCUUCUCUGAAGCAAUACACAACCAAAGAAUACCUGAAAUCAGCUGUUGAUAAAAUGCCCUACUUAGGAGAAGGCACAUACACAGCUUCUGCUAUCCAAGAAGCCAUUCAGUUGUUUCAGGCAGCACGGCCAGCAGUAAGAAAAGUGGCUGUUGUCAUAACAGAUGGACAAGCGGACGCUCGUGAUAAAGUACGACUGGAUACUGUGGUAAGAGAGGCCCACGCUAUGAAUAUCGAGAUAUUUGUCAUUGGGAUUGUUCAAAGGACUGAUCCUCAUUACGAUGAUUUUCUGAAAGAAAUGCAGCUCAUUGCAACAGACCCUGAUGAUGAACAUGUUUACCAGAUAGAUGACUUCAUGACGCUUUCAGCUCUUGAAAAUAAACUGAUCACAAAAAUCUGUGAGAAUGUGUCUGAAGUCUACACCAGAAAAGAUGUUGUAUCUCCAAGUCCAGAAUCUGAAAUUGCUAAUGAAGUUACUAAUAGCCAGUUACCUACGACUACUUCGCUCCCUACAGAAGGAAUCCGUUACCCACUCAGUCCACCACUGACCAGAUAUACUGAGCCGCUGCCAUCUGCUCAGGAUCAUACUGCGACCACCUCUGCUCACAGAGAAUCAAGAUUUCCCCCGCUUUAUGACAUAUCUGAAAUCAGCCCUCAGAGUCCAGCUGUCAAUCCUUUGUUCAAUGUAACUGCUGCUGAAGAUCACCACCUCACUGUGUUGCAAACACAGGUAGCAACAACCCAAAAAGAUGCAAGGUGCUUGGAACCUAUGAAACCAGGGGAUUGUCGGGACUACGUGGUGAAAUGGUAUUAUGACAAGAAUGGUAAUUCUUGUGGCCAGUUCUGGUAUGGAGGCUGUAAUGGUACCAACAAUAGAUUUGAAACAGAAAAAGAAUGUCGAGAAACCUGCAUUGAUUGA